AUGACUUUCCCCGUGCAAGGGCUGUUGCACAACACUAAGAGGAUAUUUGAUAAUGGGAUCGGCUGUGUUGCACCAUUAAAGCUGACAUAUCAGCAUAUUCUACACAGACCAUUCCAUCAGCUCACUGGAUUGAGGGAUUGUCAGCAUUGGUCAGCGUCAUCGGCAUUGCUCAUGUAUGUAGAAUAUGCUGAUACUAGAGUGUCGUUAAGAAGACAAAUGAAUGCCGUAUAUAAGGAUCAUAGUCGCAUUCUUUAUGCUCAGGUGUUCUCCGUGCUGCAAAAGUGGCAGUAUCUCUCGGGCUUCGGGGCGUCGGAGGGUGCCAGGUCCCCGAAAGUCUACCGAAUGGCCCUCUUGCAGAACGUGUUGCCUUUCGCUCCCACCGUGGUGAUGCGUCUGUGCACCGGGAUCGCAGCAGCUGUGGUCAUGCUCAUUCUGCUGCUGUACCAAAGCGUACCGGCCAGGCACGAGUACAAGCCCGUACGCCCUCUCCAUGACGACGCCUUCUUGGGCACGAAGGGCGUGGAGGAGGAGAACCGCACGCCCGUCUGGGGUGAGUUCCGCGACCUGACCUUCGAGCCGCUGCUGGGGGCUUUCCGGGAGGCGGCGCACAACUCUACGGGGCCGACGCCAGCUUUCAGGAGCGGCGCCAUCCCGAAGUUCCUGCUGUGGUCGGCGCCCUUCGACGGCAGCUUCUGGAGCGCCCAGACCGAGGACGUGCGCGAGGGCCGCUGUCCGCUCCCCUGCGCCGUGACCUUUGACCCCGCGGAGGUGAAGGAGGCGGACGCCGUGGUCAUUUACAUCCGGUUCCUGCCCAGGCGCGCCCUGAAGCUGCCGGCGCUCGAGCCCCGCGACCCCGGGCAGCCCUGGGUCGCGCUCAGCUUCGAGGCGCCGCCGAGAGCCAACAAGAACUUCUACGACGACUUCCGCCUCCUGAACGGCGCCUUCAACCGCACCAUGCUCUACCGGCGCGACGCUGACGUGGUCGUGCCGCACGGCUUCGUGGUCGGGCGGGGCGAGGAGGCCGCCCUCCUGCCGGAGGUGUGGCAUGGGCCGCCCGUCUCCGAGGUCCCCUCCCGGGAGCGCAAGUUGGCGGCGACCUUCAUCUCGAACUGCAAAGCCGAGAGCGGCCGCUUGGAUUACAUUCAGAAAGUGCAGCAGUACAUUCCUGUGGACAUUUAUGGCAAGUGCGGCCCCCUCAAGUGCGGCCACUCCAUGUACGUCCAGGACAGGUACAGCCCCGCCACGGACAAAUGCCUGAGGAACACCGGCAUGAACUACCUUUUUUACUUCGCCUUCGAAAACUCUUUGUGUCACGAGUACGUCACGGAGAAGCUCUACAACAUACUGUACUACCCCACAGUGCCAGUGGUGUUCGGGGCAGCCAAUUAUUCCACUCUGCUCCCGCCCAAUUCCUUCAUCGAUGCUCGGAGGUUCUCGCCCAUACAGCUAGCCAGUCUGCUCCAGCGUCUGUCGCAGUCGCCGAAGGAGUACCUGAAGUACCACGAGUGGCGCCAGCACUACCACGUGUCCCUGUGGGGGGGACAAAGGUCCCUGUGCCACCUGUGCGUCCGCCUGCACGACCCCGCCUUCUACCGCUCCCACGUCGUCCAAGAUUUUCACAGCUGGUUUGUUAAUGAAUCUCGCUGCGGUUGGAAGUAACGGGGCGCCAGGAUGCUUGUCCAUUUUUUUAUUAUUUUUUUAUUUUCUUUCUUUUUUAUAGAUUACAUUCUCAUCGCAGUUGGAUUGGGAAUUCUUAACAUACUGUUUAUGUACGUGUAUGUAUUUGUUGUGUUCAUGAAAAUACACAAACUACAGAGACAGGCAAACAGACAGACGGACGGACAAACAGACAGAUGCACAGACAGAGACAGGGAUGGACGGCCAGUUUGUUAGAAAUGCGAGAAACCCAACUAAUGAAUACUUUAGACAUGCACUAACACAGAAAUAAAAGCAUGUACAUUUAUCUAGCUGUAUACCUACCCACACA